UAAAUGUAACAAACACUGUCUUUAAAAAGUAGGGUUUAUAUUAAGAAGGAGAGGAGGAUCGCUUCAUAAAAGUUUAAGAUUUACAUUUCGUUUGAAGAAACAUUCUCGUUCAACAAAUUUGAUUUAGAAAAAUUUACCGGCCCAGGGUUCAACAUGGUUGACCGGAUUUUACAAACCCCCCCUAAAAUUUUUUAGAAAAUCUGAAUUUUUAAAAAAGUCCGAAAUUUGGAAACCGCGGGAUCGAAGAAGGCGACCACUUUGGCUCCGAAAUAAAUCCCAAUGGCGCGUCAUCUCUUUCAAAAACCCGCGAAUUCUGCCUCCUUCUAAAUUUCAUGCUGUCGGCGAAACCGGAACCCUAGUCGUUCGAUCUCCCACUCCACGUUUCCACACCCGCCGUUCUCCGAAUUAUCUCUCGUUAUCGUCAACCAAUCUCAGAUACGGAGGAUCGGCGGAACCCCAGCCAAGCAUGGAAGCCCCGAUCCUCGCCCUGCCUUAUCGGCAAAUCGUAUGCGUUUUUGGGCCGGAAACGGAAAAUUUGCAGAACGCUACUAUUUCUCCUGCCGCCUCGAGAUUUCCACAACAUAUAGUUGGGGCAGCGCUUAAUAAUCUGGGGAAUACUUGUUUUAUGAAUGCCGUGCUUCAAUGCAUCACACAUACAGUUCCGCUGGUUGAGAAGUUGCGAGACAACAGUCACAGCCCCGCAUGUUCUGAUAAAGAUGGAGAUUUUUGUUCUUUUUGUGCAUUGCGGGUGCAUGUUAAUCAAAGCAUAACGAAAUCAGGAUUUGUUGUCACUCCCAGAAGUUUUGCGUAUAAUUUAAGCAAAAUCUCAUCUUAUUUCCAGCUUGGGGAACAGCAGGAUGCUCAUGAGUUUCUCUCUUGUUUUUUGGAUAGUAUUCACACAAGCUAUCUGAAACCCAUCCACAAAGACUAUCCUCCAUCAUCGAGCAAAGAAAGUCCUGUCAAUCAAGUAUUCAGAGGUCUUCUCAGAAGCCAGUUGCGGUGCCUUGACUGCGGUCAUUGUUCUGAUACAUACGAACCUAUUGUUGAUCUCAGCCUAGAGAUAGAUGAUGUAGAUAAUCUCACCGAUGCUCUGCUAUCUUUCACCAAAGCAGAAAUGAUCGAUGAUCCUGUUAUUAAGAUUACCUGCGAAGGUUGCAAGGCUCAAGUUUCCAUGGAGAAACAGCUCAAAAUUGAGCAACCUCCAAAUGUCAUUGCUCUGCAUCUCAAGAGAUUUAUGAAUACUGAAUCUUCGGUUCGCAAAAUCUGCGAAUUCGUGGAGUAUCCGUUGGAGUUAGAUCUGAUGCCUUUUCUAAGCUCUCCUCGAGAAAAUGAGCAAUUAUUAUAUGAGCUAUAUGGCAUUGUGGUACAUAGUGGUUCCUGUUAUUACGGGCAUUACUACUCCAAUAUUCGCACAUCACCUACCACUUGGUAUCAAAUGAACGACUCAAUGUUGGAUGUCAUAUCAGAAAGUCAAGUUCUAGAGGAAGAAGCUUAUAUACUCUUCUAUAUAAAGAAGGGCUCGUCUCCCUGGUUUAAAAGUUUUGUCGAGUCUCAGAAGAUUUGUCGGUCAGGCAUGGAUAUGAAAGGCUCUCCGUUGUCCGUGCUCGAUCAUGAGGAUAAUGAUGAAACUUCUUCUGCAAGAGAGACAAGUAGCAGCAUCUCAAGGGAAGCUGCACGAGAAAUGCUCGAAAAAGAUGAAGUUUGCAGCCCCCAUGCAAGUAGUUCUUCAGGUUUUCCAAUCGAUGAGCCACAAGCUGACAAUCCUGCAACUCAGAGGCUGCCCAACAACUCAGGAAAUAAAAAUGGCGACUCGAGUUCUCUGCCUAGUAGUUCUGUGACUCAGACUACCAAUCAACCUGCCUCUGAUCAACUUCUCAGUCUUGUGUUCAAGCCAGAACCCUUGGAAGAUGAUAAGGAGAACCGCAUAACCUCGCUAAACCAUGGGAGUUUGAAAGCCAGCAGCAAUCAGUCUAAGCUGAAUACUGUGAUUAAUACUGACCGAUCUCUUACAAGAAUAAUGAAAGGCAUGCCGACUUCAAGGAGAUUAGGUCUUUUGGCUUGCCUUCAAGGUUUGCCUGAACCUGGAAGCAAGCAGCCUCUCGCCUCUAAAAGCGCUCCGCCAUUGAAGAAGAGGAAGAGCAUGAGCUCAGACCUGCCGCCAUUGAAUGGGAAGGAGAGCCCUCAUCAUCGUUCAACCAAAGCGAAAAGCCUCAGCCCUCAUUCCAUAAGGCGCUGCCUGAUUGAAGAUGACUCUGAUAUGUCCUUUGAAUUUGGCUCUGGUGAUAGCUAACUAAAAUUGAAAGUUAGUAAUUUGUAAUCUACUUUUGCCCCCAGAUCUGUUUUUUUCAGUUAAAAGUGAUCGCCUUUUUGUUGCUGCUGAUUGGAUGUAGAUAGGUUUGCAGAUUAAGGCUGAAUUUAGUGU